AUGACAGAGGCUGAAACUAAUAGAAAGGAUAUUACUGUUUUAAAUCCUGGCAAGUUGAAGAAGAGUUCAAUACGACAGAAACUUCCACAUUUAGAUUUAUGCCCAAGAGAAAAACAAUCGUAUCUAAACAGUAUUUCACGUAUUCAUAAAGGAAGGUUGCUCAAAGAAAUAAAAAAGAACCAAACUAAUAUAAAUCUUCCUCUACCAUCAAGAAAAAUUAAAUUCAGACCAAUUCGAUGCAAGUCCGCAUCACAAAGUCCCAACCCACCAAUUCAUACUUCCUGCUGUAAUUCAAAGCACAACGGCCGAUUCCCUAGCACGGCAGAAAACCGCCUGGUACUCAAGAAGAAUGGAAGUAUUUUAGUACAAAAAAAUAAACGAACCCAACUUCAAGAUGUCUAUGUGGAUUUACUAAAUCUACCCCCUAUUCCUUUAAAUCUAAAAAUGACGAAGUCUUUCUCAUCAAAUCAAGUAAAUGUUUCAUGCCCAUUCCAGUCGAGGAUCACUACGAUUACAGAGAAAGACUUGGACUUGAUUAUCCCACAGCUAAUAAGACGCCGUUCAGGUUCUUGUUGUCAUACUCCUUGUUUUUCUCCAUAUUUUAAAAAUGUAUCCGAAACGUCUAUACAUUUUGCACCAAUCCGAAUGACAAACAUCCACACAUUAGAAACACUAUGGUGUAAAAAACGUCAGGAACUACAGAGCAAAAAUAACACGGAAAUCAAAAGACCAAAAAUGAAAGCACAGCAAUCUAUCAGAAGUCCUUCUGCUUAUAGCCCUUUCACUCAACGCAGAAUGAUUUUUAAUGAUAUGGAAAAACGAGAUUUGCUACAGUGGUCCCAUGAUAAUCAAUUGUCAAAUUGUUCCAAGUUGCCUGUCGCGUACUGA